CUCAGUGACGCUGGAAUGGUACAGUGAAACGGAGCAGUUAUAAUUAAAAGUUUAAUUUUUUAAAUUUUAAUGUAAGUGUUAAACUUACGGAUACCAAAAUGGUCUACAAGUUAAUAAAGUACUUGGCCAGUCUCAGUCUUAUCAUACCGUCAGUUUAUUCUACAAAUGAAUGCCCUGUUGAAGAUUAUGUGGAUGGGUGCAGAUACACAGUAAUCUGCGAUAUUUUUGCUGGUUCUUCUUCACUUUAUACUUGCAAUUCAGUACCGCACAUUAUUUUUAAAAUAAGGCACUCCAGAAGUGAAACUCUAAGUGCAAGUUUCUUUGGUUCAACAAACUUUGACUCGAGAGUGCGUGAAAUUAAAGCCAUAGAUAACGAUUGGAGUAAAAUAGAAUCAUAUGCAUUUAAAUAUUACACAAAAAGUGAAAACGUUGAUUUAUCAUCCAAUCACAUCAAAAUAAUUAAAAAUGAUACGUUCAAAAAUUUUGGUUAUCUGACACAUCUGAAUUUAUCUAACAAUGAAAUCGAAGAAUUAUAUCCCAAUUCUCUGGCGACAAGUUCCAUGCCAGAUUCUGUGCUAGUCGUAUUAGAUUUGUCCAAUAAUCAGCUGAAUAGUUUAGAAUCUGGCGUAUUUAAUAAUUUUCCAAUUCUUAAUACGUUAUUUUUGCAAAAUAAUAAACUCCGAAAUAUCUCAGAUGAUAGUUUUGGUUUGCUAAAAAAUUUAAAGUAUUUAUACAUGCAACAUAAUAUAAUUGAGAUUUUAAACAUGAUAUUAAUAAAUUUGAAAUCUCUAAAAGAAUUAGACCUGUCUUUUAAUAAGCUUAAAAAAAUUUCAGGGUAUGAAGUAAAUCGUUUAAUUGCCUUGGAAAAAUUAAACAUGUCCUAUAAUGCUAUUGAAGUGUUAGAGUCCAAUUGUUUUAAUCAGUCGCCUGACUUGAAUAUCCUAGAUCUAAGUCAUAAUAGAAUAGUAUCUAUAAUAGAUGCAAAAAUGUUUGAGAAUAACAUACAUUUAAAAUAUUUUGACAUAAGUAAUAAUCAGAUAACAACGAUAGAAGAUAAUUCUUUCAAGAAUUGUAAACUAACAUAUUUUAACGUAGAUAGAAAUCUGAUAUCUGGUAAUGUAACAAAAUUUACAUUUCUCGGUUUAAGUUUUGUAACUCAAUUGAAUCUGAAUCAUCAAAAUAUUACUAGCUUGAAUGCAAAUGCUUUCUCUAAUAUAACAAUGUUGGCUUCUUUGAAUAUAAGUUCAAACAGUAUUAGAUACAUUGACAAGGACAGUUUUCAAAACUCUUUUAGCUUACAAAUUUUAGACUUAUCAUAUAAUGAAAUCACAACUUUAGAUUUUGUAAAUAACACCCUGUAUAAUUUAACACAUUUAUAUUUGGGUUAUAAUAAAAUUGUAUUCCUACAAGAAAACUUGUUUAAAAACCAUAACCAAGUUAUAAAACUAGACUUAUCUAUGAACAAAAUAAUAGAAAUCCAACAAAAUUCUCUACCUUUGUUAAAUUUACAAUAUUUAAACAUCACAGGAAACAAUCUUGUUGGGACGAUUGAACAAAACACAUUUAGUCCUGCUAAGUUCUUGAGAUAUCUAGAUUUGAGUAAUUUUAAAAUAAAUAAAAUAAAUGAUAUGGCUUUCAUUGAUCUGCCAGUUUUAGCUCGAUUGAAUCUUUCAGUGAAUGAAAUUGAAUUUAUAGGACCGAAUAAUUUUUAUGGUUUAAACAAUAUGUAUGAUCUAGAUAUUUCAAACAAUAAUAUAAGUGAAAUCAGUUUAAUUAACACAACACUUACAAAUUUGAAAGCUGUGAAUUUACGUAACAAUAAAUUGACGAAACUUACGAACUCACUAUUUAAUGCAAGAAAUGUAAUCUAUCUAGAUUUAUCAUUUAAUAAUAUUUCUAAUUUAAAUGACACGGAUUUUCAGAUGUUUCCCAAUUUGAAAGUAUUAAAAUUGUCUAACAAUAAGAUAAAAAAUUUUAACGUUCCACAAAUCAAUGCAUUGUCAAAUGUAAGUAUCAUUAAUCUUGCCCACAAUCGUAUUUCACAUGUUGACUUAAAAUAUUUCGAGGAGUUGGUAGGUAUAGACUUAAGCAGCAACAAUAUAUCAACAAUAAACAACACUUUUUCCAAGAACGUUGAUCAUUUAAUUCUUGUCGAUUUAAGUAACAAUACUAUUGAAAAUUUACCACCAGGAAUAUUCAACAAUAUGAAAAUAUUAAAGUCACUUAACUUGUCAUCAAACCAUUUGACUAAAUUGCGUUAUGGUAGUUUAAAGGGAUUGCAUAAUACGGAAGUUUUAGACAUUUCAAGAAAUAAUAUUUUAGAAUUUGAUGUGAACGUAUUCCACGAAUGUCAGGCUUUAAAGAAACUUAUAAUCGAUUACAAUAGAAUUAAAUCUGUGGAUGUGGAGAACUUCAGUCACACAUUGUCCAAUCUUACAGUCUUAAGUUUAGGAGGUAAUCCAUUGCAGUGUAAAGAAAUCGUUAGAAAUAUGAAAUCCGGAGUCAAAAGACUAUUAGAAGUUACAUCCAUAGAUAAAGUCUAUCACGAAGAUAAUGUGUAUGGUAUAAAAUGUGGAGACAAUAAUUUCGAAACAACUACUAAACAUAAAAUUGACGAUAACUUGCAAGAUUCCUCCUUAACUAAGGUUGUUUUGAUCUGGUGCUCUGUUUUGUCAAUAUUAAUGAUUGCAAUGGGUAUAACCUUAUUUGUGUACAGAAACAGAAAGUAUAAAAUGUCCAGGCUUCAUUUAAGGCAUUCUUUAGAAAUAAACGGUUCAGAAUGUCCGAAUGAUUUGUUAAGUUAGUUUUAUAAAUGUUAAUCAAAGCCUAAUUUAUCAUCGAAUAAAUCAUUAUAAAGUUUA